GCCAAGCGGCAAGCGCUAAUCAAGUGGGCUCGAUGUGUAACAUGAACACCAGGAGGAAAGAACGUAGGCGUCAGGCGAGGCGAGAUCGGGCCACCUCCCAACGUGAUAUGACUGUCAGCCAAACCCAUCCUUGGGCAAACGACCAAGGAGGAGAAAGCACUCUUACGGCACCGGCAUCACCGGUGAAAAAGAAAAGGACCUCAAGGUGGCAUACGUCCUUUCCUUACUCUUUCAGACCAUCCAAAUGUUCGAAUUGCUUUAAGAAACAUUUUGGAAAGUGCAACGAGCCCCCGAUGUGCUACGAAUGUGGGAGCACAACCCACAUGAAAUUAAGUUGCCCAUGGAGGAGGCAACGAGAGACAUCACAAGCCAAGGAAGGGCUCACCGUGGAAGGAAACCAUACGGAACCAACGGCGAGCAACGCUACGUCCGUCAAUCAAGGCAGGGCCCAAGCACGAGACUACGCGAUGACCGAGGCGGAUGCGCGGGCAAACCCGGACUCCGUCGCAGGAACAUUAAAGAUCAAUGGUAGGUGUGCGAGGAUCCUCAUCGAUACCGGGGCACAACGCUCAUUUGUGAGUGAGGCGUUCGCCGAGGGCCUUGACGUGCCAUUGACACCUAUGACACAAACGUUGCUAGUAUCCACACCGUUAGGAGACGACGUGGAGAGGAAUCAUUUCUAUCCGUCGUGUGAGGUAGAAGUGACGGGUCAACAUUUGACUUGUGAUUUCGUACCUCUAAGCAUGUUGGAGUUCGAUGCAAUCCUAGGAAUAGAUUGGCUCGAGAAACACCAUGCUCGAGUGGAUUGCUACACCAAGGUGUUGGAGCUCGAGGAUGAUCAAGGGAACACGCUAUGUUUUGAAGGAGAUCGGGGGAAGUCCCAUGCAUGUAUCAUAUCCGUGAUGAGAGCACGGAAGAUGAGGAGGAAGGGAUGCCACACAUACCUUGCCUACGUGGUGGACGAUACCAAGAAGGAAGUCGACAUCAAAGAUGUAUGGGUCGUAUGCAAAUACCCGGAUGUAUUUCCCAAAGACCUACCGGGGCUUCCACCCGAUAGAGAGAUAGAGUUUGUAAUUGAAGUGGAGCCGGGAACCAAACCCAUUUCGAUUCCUCCUUAUCGAAUGGUGUCGGCCGAACUCCAAGAGUUGAAGGUCCAACUACAAGAAUUACUGGACAACGGGUUCAUCAGACCCAGUCAUUCACCGUGGGGAGCACCCGUACUCUUCGUAAAGAAGAAAGAUGGUACGCUAAGAAUGUGUAUCGACUACCGACAAUCGAACAAGGUCACCAUCAAAAACAGGUAUCCCUUACCGAGGAUUGAUGACUUGUUCGAUCAACUUCGAGGGGCAAUAGUGUUCUCGAAAAUUGACUUGAGGUCGGGGUAUCAUCAGUUGAAGAUCAAGGAGAGUGACAUACCUAAGAGUGC